UAAAAAAGAAGCAAACAAGUUAGCAGUUCGAGCUAGCAGACUUCAGUUCUACUCUGUUUUUUUUUUCCUUACUUAAGAGUAAAUAUUCAAGAUAAGAAACAAGAACCCUCUAAGGUUUAGGGAUCGUUAUGGAUUUUUUCAGCCAUUAUUCUGAUCCAAGUCCAUUUGGGGCAACAGAUUUGUGGUAUGAGAAUAAUGGUAUUAAUCAAGAACAGUGUUCUCAUUCUCCUGUUCUUUCAGAUAGUAGUACUAGUAGUAAUGUUACUACAAGAGUUCAACCAUCCCCAAAUUUUUCUGAUGAGGAAGUAAUGCUAGCUUCGAGGAAUCCGAAGAAGAGGGCAGGGAGAAAGAAGUUCAGGGAAACAAGGCAUCCGGUGUAUAGAGGGGUAAGGAGGAGGAAUUCAGGUAAGUGGGUUUGUGAAGUUAGAGAGCCCAAUAAGAAAUCAAGAAUUUGGUUAGGGACUUUCCCUACUGCUGAAAUGGCUGCUAGGGCACAUGAUGUUGCUGCUUUGGCAUUGAGGGGUAGGUCUGCUUGCUUGAAUUUUGCGGAUUCUGCUUGGAGGUUGCCGGUUCCGGCUUCUAGUGAAGCUAAGGACAUUCAGAAGGCUGCAGCUGAGGCAGCUGGGGGUUUUCGGCCGGAGGGGUGUGUGGGAGGUGAGUUGAUGAGGACGGUAGAUGAGGGGGAGAAGGCGGCGGAUACUGCCGCGGAGGCGGGGGAGGAGGUGUUUUAUAUGGAUGAAGAGGCUAUUUUUGGAAUGCCAGGGUUGUUGGCUAAUAUGGCUGAAGGGAUGUUAUUGCCACCACCUCAUUGUGGUGGAGGGGAUGGUUGGGAUAACGUGGAAAAUAUUGACGCUGAUAUGUCAUUAUGGAGUUUUUCUAUAUAAUUUUGGGUUAGUGACAGAGUAACUAAGAUAAGAGUCGAUGUUGUCUGUACUUAUAUUUUUUACUAGUACAGAUACAAUUGAAUAUUGUGGCGGUUUUGGUUUUCUGGGUUAGAAUGGAUUGUGUGGAAGAAAUCUGCCGGAGAGAGUGAAAAUUGUAGAAGCUACAGGAUUUAGGGUUACUGUUAACGGGUGUCAAAGAAAUCACAAUCGCAUCAUGUAAUAAUGGCUAAGCCAUGAUCUAUUACUGUAAUAGUGAAUAAACAAAUUAAAUGCGAGAGAGUUCUGCUUUUAAGCCUCAGCCUCACCUUAUGCUUCUAGCCCAGUUUUCUGUUUGCUUGUCCCAGGUCAUUUCUCGGCCUUUUAGACUGCUCAUAAUUCAGCAACAAAUGCUUAGCACACAAAAUAUUCUUAUCUACACUUAAUGCACCAUUCGUGUCUCUUUCUAGACCUCCUGCUCCUGCCACAUCCAGAACGCUCCUUGCAGCGACAGACCCAACUGGAGGAAGAUUCCAACUGAUUUACUUCUCUACUUUAGUGCUAGAAGCUACUCCCUCCUGUCAAGUCAUCUGUUCAAUUGACUUUCUCGACAAAUGUCCCACACCACAUGUUGCAGCUCUCCUUCUUUCUCCACAUAAACUACACUAUUUCAUAGUCCUCUACAACUGCUUCCUUAAAAUUCCCAUCAGUCACAUCGAAGUUUAAACAAUCCAUCACAAAGAAGUCAGGAUCGUUUGUGUGUGGGAAGCAGGAAGCUCCAAACCUGUUUAGCAGUGGCGCCGUCCUGCAUAGGAUGAAGAUAGUCUUUGCUAGUUGUUUCAUUGAAUUUUUCCUGUUGAACCAUUGGUAGCAUGUAUUUGACCAUUUGGUAUAACACUAAAAAUGCUAGAUGAUGAAGAAGAAAGCAAAUCAUGUUUAUCAAUGCAACGAUAAACAUGAUCAAACCCCAGCUGCAGAACCAUAUUCAACCUUCUAAAAGAAUUACAAGGUUCCAGUCUUCUAUUUAGCCCGCCACACAGGCCACAAACAUAUUCGAGGAAUCACUAGUGCUUUUUUUUUUGUGAACCGGAUUGCUGGUACUUCAGAAGUAUCCUCUGCAAUUAGUCUUAACAAACGCAGUUCCAUGUUCAAGCUAGAAAGCUACAAUUCACAGAAGCACUAUACCUCGAUCAAAUUCAAGUGAAAACUAGACAUCAUGGGAUUCAUCUUCCAGCAAAAGUUUCACAAACCACAAUUACAAAGCUAAACAAUCUCGCACUCCUCACUUUUAAAGAGAGGAUAAAUAUAAUUUCCACAUAACAUUCGCCCUUUUGCUCAUUGAUUGUACUCAAACAAAAAGAUUUCACAAUAUGAAAUGAAGUCAGUAACCCAUAAUUCAUGAAGAUGGAGUUACCUUAACCUGCAAACAAACAAAGACCAACAAAAACAAACAAAUAGCUAGCACGAGGAAGAUUAAACAAAAGUGAAAACACCAAAUUAUUUGGUAUCAAUAAUUGUGAUAUUCAACAAUCAGACAACAAAAGUACUUGGCUCCUAUAUUCUCUUGAGACAGUAAACAAGCACGAAUCAGACAUCAAUUUACUAGCUGCUAAAGCUAUGAUCUCACUUCUCGAAUGAUUCCCUCUUCAGGAUCCAACAAAUCUGGAUCACUCAGAGUGCUUCGAUGCUUUUUCUAUUGCUCUUGCUGCUGCUGUUGCUCAGCGUUCAUCAUCUGCUCCAUGUCCUUUAGUCUAGUCCUCACCACAC